GGCGAGUCGGACAUCGCUACGCCGUGAUUGUGGCGAAGAUGGCGGAGGAGGAGGCAGCCGAGAGAGAGCGCGGCACAAGGGGAGAGACGGCGGCCCUGAGAAAGCGCUUCAGUGGGCUGACCGCGGCGCUCCGGGACAGCGCCGAAUCGCCGCUGGACGCCUCCGCUAGUUUCUGCCGGGAGUUCUGCCAGAUACUUGUGGAAUAUGGAGGCCAAUGGAAACCUGAGGAAAAUCCACUGCCUUUGCUGGAGAUGUAUACAGUGGCUAUACUAUGCUUUGCCGAAGCUACCCCUUCUCUGUUUCCCGAAUGUGAACACGUCACAGUUGUACUUGAAAAGUUAGCUUUGAGUUGUCUGGAUUUACUGCUCUCAGUCUCUGAGAACGUCCCAGGUGCCUUAUGGGAAGAAUUUCAGUCUUCUGUCAAGGUGGCUCAUAGUAUUCUUCAGGCGAAUGGGAAUCUGCAGCUCAGCACUCUGAAGACUUUAGCUGAAGAAAGUGGUGUUUGGAACAAUUCCACUCUGUGUAGCCUUCUGUCAGAUAGCAUGACAGAUGUUGAAAAAGUUCAUGAGUUUCUGGCACAGGAAGGACCUACACUACUUGAUAUGCGCAUAAAGCACCUUAUCAAACAGAAAAGUGUUGAAAAAGCUGCACUACUUGCAAAGACGUGUGCAGAGUUUCCAGAAUUCGGUGGAAAGAAGAAUUUCAAACAGAUGUAUCUUGUGUGUUUAUGUGAAACAAUGUCUCAACAAGAGUUAAUGCAAGAGAUUAAGGAGAUAGAUUGCAGAGAUGCUCUGGACAUGAUUUGUAAUUUAGAAUCUGAGGAAAACGAAAAGGGUGCUCUUAGCCUUUGCACUGCUUUUCUGAAGCGCCAACUUCUCCAGGGGGAUGCUUAUUGUGCCUGGGAACUGACACUGUUUUGGAGUAAGCUUCUGAUACGCCUUGAGUCAGCACAAGCUUUUUUAGAUCAAUGCAGACUGUUAGCACAACUCUCUGGGAGUGUUUAUCAUAUCCUUCUUUUCAUCAAAGUUAUCCAAGCAGAGGCUCAAAAUGAAGGACUUCCAGUAUGCAUUGAAAUGUGCAUUCAGGCUCUGAAAGUGGGAGUGACUGGCACUGAAGAUUGCAGUACAACGAUCUGCAAAACAAUUUCUUGCUUGUUGCCAUUAGAUUUGGAAGUAAAACGAGCAUGUCAAUUAACUGAAUUUCUUGCCAAGCCCACUGUGGAUUCAUACUACGCAGUUGAAACGCUGUUUAAUGAGCCUGACCAAAAGCUUGAGGAGGAAAGCCUCCCGAUUCCAAAUUCACUACGCUGUGAUCUGAUGUUGGCCUUGAAGACACAGUGGCCUUUUGAUCCUGAGUUCUGGGACUGGAAAACUCUGAAGCGUCAUUGCCUUGCUCUGAUGGGGGAGGAGGCAUCAAUUGUGUCCUCCAUCGACAAGCUGAAUGACAGCGAAGACAAUGAAGGAUUGGAUUAUGAUGAGAGAGAUUUCAAGCAUCUGGAGUUUCUUCUCAGUCCCUCAGAUGACCUCAGUGACCAUGAAGCUGAGAAAAGGAAAAAAAGGGAAAUGAAGAAGUUGAGAGAGCAGGGAUUUGUGUCGGCAAGAUUUCGCAACUGGCAAGCUUACAUGCAGUAUUGUGUUUUAUGCGAUAAAGAAUUCCUUGGGCACCGGAUUGUUAAGCAUGCACUCAAGCAUGUCCAGGAUGGUAUUUUCCGUUGUCCAAUAUGUGCCAAAACAUUUGAGACAAGGGCAGUCCUUGAGCCUCAUGUAGCAUCACAUGUAAAACAGUCAUGCAAAGAACGACUUGCUGCUAUGAAUGCAAAAAAUAAGCCUGUUUUGCCUGACUGUAAACUAGAAGACCAAGUGAAACCUGUGAACAUUGGCAUGAAUAAGUGCUCCACUUUCGCAGGAUCUUCAAACACUAAAACUGCUAAGAAAGUCAAAAGUAAAGCAUGCUCCCUAAAACGGGGAAGCCCAGUACGUGACGUUGAAAACACUGAAGACUGUUCGUGUCCUGUUACAAGCUGCCAGAAAGUGUUUAAGUACUUUCGAAAUUUAGUUGCACACGUGAAAGCUCACAAAAAUGAAGAGGAAGCCACUCAUUUUCUUGAAAUACAGAGUCAGAAAGCGAUUUGCCAGUAUUGUCGCAGGCAGUUUGUUAACGUCACACAUCUAAAUGAUCACCUGCAGAUGCAUUGUGGUGAAAAGCCGUAUUUUUGUAUUCAACUUGGAUGCAAAAGUAGCUUUCACUCUCAUGCUGAACUUCUUAUGCACAGAAAAGUGCAUACGGACUUUCAGGCUCAGUGCAUGUUUCCAGACUGUGGGAGAGUGUUCAAUGAGACAUACUUACUGUAUGAUCACGAAGCACAGCACUACAUCACAUUCGUCUGCAAAAACAGUACGUGUGGCAAGAUAUUCUAUUCUCAGUCGCAGCUAAAUCUGCACCAGAAAGAACAUUUUGAUGAUUCGAUGCCUCAAAGUGGUUCCUUGAAUCAGGAAUUGUCAAACCAAGUUUCUGAAGUUCCAAAUAAUGGCAGUCCGCUAAAGAUUCCGCAUCCAGCUGUUGAAAAUGCAUUGAACUCUCUUCACAAAACUGUAGAGCUACCUGCGCAUUCUUUCUCUUCCCCAGCAGAAUCAUCUGUUACACAUAAUCAGUUGCCAGCUAAUCCUCCUUCUGUUGUGAAUUCAGACAGUGAGGUGACCCAGACUCCAAAAACAACAUGCGUGGAUCAGCCUGCUAUGGACAGUGCAACCUGGUGUCGUCGUGUACCAUGCUAUGUGAAACUGACACCUAUUCCAGUAAAAUAUGACGAUCCAAUGUUCUUGAAAGCUCUUAAGAGUUCAGAUCCUGUGGCUCAGUUAAUCUUUCAAGAUAAGAAGCUGUUUAGCGUUACAUGCAAACAGCUCAAACCUACUCCACAUACUUCAGAAUUACCCAAUCAAACAAAGACAAAAACUGAGCCAGAAUCACAAAAUUCUGUGGAGAAUGGGGAAGACCAUCUCAUUCACAUCUGUCCAUUUGAGACCUGUACACGAAAAUACAGCACUACAAAAAGUCUGUCGAGACAUGUUAAGAAUGUGCAUUUUGAUGCAUUUGAAGAGUGGAAACUUUCAAGGAAAUACAAGAGGAUUGCAGACCUUGCAAAAAAAUCAGAACAAAAAAUCCCUAGUUGUCCGACUCCAAAGAAAAAAAUAAAAUCCUCUAAAAGCUCGGCAGCACUCCGGAAGUUUUCAGAAAUCCAUCAAGUUAAGUUUCCAACAGACACUAUGCCUACUGACCCUUUUUUGCCUCCUUCUGGUUCUGUCAACGCACAAUCUCUUGGUGCCAAAUUUUGCCCUGGGUUUGAAAACUCCCACAGUCAGCCUCCUUUAAUGCAAUCACAGAUGCCUCAGUCAUGGACUUCAUCUUCAUUUGAUGGCUAUAACUCAGACUACCCUCUUCAGAAUCACUUCCCUACAGUAAUGAUGCCUGAUACCUUGCAGAAUUAUCCAUUAUACAUGCCACACACUGACCUGCUCUCAGAAAGAGACAUGGACUACACUCCUUCUUUAACUGAAAAUAGCAGUGCCCCACCCACAAUGAACUCAGAUUCACAGUCAAGUGUCAUGAAUGAAGCCUCAAAAUACGUCUCAAGCUCUCUAAGGGUGUUACAUGCUCUUAAUGGUGACCAGCCAUGUGAGAUGUCGCAGGGAUCAUCAAGUGAGGAUCUUGGGGGAUACAUGGAGAUAAGGCAAAAUAAUCCUCACACUGUUGUUCCACCUGAUGUGAACAAUGCACAUUCUGUGCCUGGGCAGAAUUUUAAUGCAUAUUUUUCGUCGUACCCAGCAGAGACCUGCCCCAGUUCAAGCCAUCCACAGGACAGGCAAAAGUCAAACAAAGAAUUGAUCACAGUUGACGAAACCGAUCCUGUUUUCUCAUCAGAGAUUAAAAACGUGACUCAUUUGGCAUUGCCUGUUAAGGAAGAACCAGAAACUUUCUCUAUUUCCAGUGUCUGUGCACCUGGCCACACUGAGUCAAGUCAGGAUUUGAAUCCUCAAGAAAUGUCCCCAGUACCAACUGAAGGCAUAUCUCCUGAAGAGAUACCUGGUACUGAUGAAAGCAAAAAAUUUAAGAAAAUUAAAUCAUCCAAGAGGACAAAAUGGCCUGCAAUAAUAAAAGAUGGGAAAGUCAUUUGCUGCAGAUGCUACAGAGAGUUUUCUAGCACAAAGUCACUUGGAGGUCACUUAUCAAAGCGUUCUCAGUGCAGACCAAUAGAUGAAGUGGAUCUUACUGCUGAAUUGCCUACAUCAUUUCUGGAUUUCCUCAACGAUCCAGAUAUUUCAACCAUGCAUUCAUCUCUCAUCAGGACUCCAGAAUCAGAUGUCCUCAGCAACUUCACAGACUUGCAUGACCCAUACAGUGUUCAGAAUGGGGAUCUAGCAUCAGCAGACACAUACAAAAUGACUUUCAUAGCACCUCAGAGUGGAAGUUCUUUGGCAAACCUCUCUACUGAUUUGACAGGUGAAACAGGCAUUGACAUGAAUUCUUCAGUUGGAUUGCUACCUAUACCCUCUGGUGAAGAUGGCAACAUUUUAGAAAUUGAGCGGGCACUGCGGCGCCUGGAUUUAGUUGAUGUACUUAACCAGGAUGCAUUAAAAGUUGGGACGACACCUUUGCAAGACAUGUUAAAAGAUGAGACGACUACCUUUCACAAUCUAAUGCCUGCUGCUAAAAUUGCAAAUAAGCCGAGUAGUAAAACUCAUCGUGAUGGAGACACUGACCGGAAGAACUUUCUCAAACCAUUCCGAUGCAGUGAAGAAGACUGUUUCUAUGGAGCUAUGACGAAGGAAGCUUUGUUCAAGCAUUUAAGCAGGAUACAUGACUUCAAUGAUGAGCAGAUCAAUGAAUUGAAGAAAAACCCAGACAGAUUAUCACCAUACACUUGCUACUUGUGCACAAAGACAUUCACCAGAACCACAGGCCUUAAAAUCCAUUAUAAAAAUGUCCAUCACUUAUCAAAAGAGGAUGUGUCAAGACUGAAAAUUGGCAGAGAACGAAAAAAGAAAUCCUCUGCAAAUGAAAUACAUGAUAACUUGGUCCGUAACCGAAUCCCCAACUUUUUGCCUGUGCAGCCUCAGUUCACAUCAGUUUUUACUGUAGCGGCAACUAAUGCCUCAAAAGAACUGACAAAUUUACCAGCAGACAACGUUUGUAUAAAACAAGAGCCUGGAACCGAAAGAGUAAGCUGUAUGGCCGCAAUGGAAUCGCAGAGGAAUUGUGGUCUUGGUUUAACACCAGAAGAAAACAAAAGAACACCAGAGGAUGUAAGACCACAGUCAUUACAAGUCCCUCAACCUGCUGGGGAUGCUAACUCAAGUGCGCAAAUUGCACCACUUGAUGCAAAUCAAGACCUGGGUGCUACAAACCCCCUUUCUCCUGUCAAAACCAUAGGCUUUGACAUGGGGCAAGCUGGCAUGGCCACUUCCACACCUAAUAAAGAACAGAACACGAUGGAUAAAAACAAGCCAAAAAAGAAGAAGUGUAAAGAGCAAGAGGAGUUCCCAAAAAGGGAAAAAAUACAAAAAAGAAUUGAGCCUGAGCUGGAUUCAAUUGAAAAAUUUGAUGACCUCAGUCUGUACAGACCAUACCGAUGUGUCCAUGAAGGAUGUGUAGCUGCUUUUUCAAUACAGCAAAACCUGAUACUACAUUACAAGGCAAUGCAUCAGUCAGUAAAAUCAGGUGCUGCAAAUGAAGACAGUAACAAUGCUGAGAAAGUCAAGGCUGCUGACCAGGUCCAUGAAUUCAAAUGUCAAGUCAAAGAAUGUUCAAAGGUUGUUUCAAAAGUGACCAGUUUAUUAAAGCAUUACCUUUUGCUACACAGAUGUACAAUAGAGAAAGCAAGUGCUUUGCUGUCAGGAGUGAAGGUAGGCACAUUCCAAUGUGAUCAGUCCAAAUGCCCGGCUUACUUCACCUGCCAUUUGAAAUACAUUGAUCACAUUAAGAAUGACCACAAAGCAAUACGUGUCUCAGCAGAUGGAGACUUUGAGAGUGUGGACCUUACAUUCAGGUGUGAAUGGGAGGGCUGUGACAGGGUUUAUACCACCAAGUCAAAUCUUCUGCGACAUCUCAUGAAAAAACACAACGCAAAUUUCGAAACCAUUAAACAGAAACAGAAAAAGGACGAGGGGCAAAAUGUACCGACAAAAGCGCUCGGCGGAAGUCCCAACAAUGGAAAAGAGAAUAUUGCAAGUAACAAAGUCAAGCUGAAAAAGAAAACACCCAAGAAAAAGGAUGUAAAAUUACAGAACCACUGGACAAGCUUUGGAGAGCCCUCACUCAAGUCCAUGGAUGAAGCGUCAGCCAUGUGUACUGCAAAGUUUCCCCUGCAGUAUCCUUGUAUGAUUGUGGGCUGUGACUCAGUCUCAAGUUCAGAGCGGCUUGUAUUUAAACAUUACACUACCCAUGGUCUCACAGAGCGAUACAUUGAGGAUCAGAGGAGCCAGUUCAUACUUUGCAAGAAGUAUUCACGACUACGACUUAAAGAUGUAAAUAAGUCAAAUGAUGCUUCUUCAGCGGCCCCCACUGAGGUUGAAAAGACUAAACCUGCAGAAAGUCCUGCAGAGAAUUCGUUGACUAAUCCAAAUUCAAAGUCACAGAAUUCAGAGCCUCCUCAUGCUGACGUGGUGGCUAAUGAGAAAAGUUCAGCCGUAUCAGUUCCAGAAGUUAAACCCAAAAGGGGACGUCCACGGAAGUCAGAACAGAUGCUAAAAUUCAAUCCAGAACGAAAACAAAGUCUUCGAAACUUUGGUGUUGCUAGGAAACGUUUUGCAAAGCUUUCAAGAUCAUAUAAAACUAAAGAUAAGUCAAAAACUCCACCUGCCCGUCGAGAGGAGCAAGCAGAGAGUGGUGUCGCACAAAAGCUUUUCAGUCCUUCAGGACUGGAGGCAUCAGUCCUUAAGCUGUUUGAGGAGUCUCCUUCCACAAAACCGUUGAAGAGAAAAUCACGUAAAAGGUAUUGGACUCGGUUGCCAUUGAAACCCCAGGAAAAACCCCGGCAGCAACAUGCCAAGGUUAUCCGCAAAAACUCUGCCGGCCGUGAGGUAAAAGGAGACCAACAUUUUACUUGUUUCAGAAAUCCUCUUAAUCUGGAGUCAGUGAACAACGUCAAGAUUGUUAUAGAUGAACACUUCUCCAGUGGUGCUGAUCUUUUGCUGAAACAAAUUCAGGACAUGCGGCCUAUGGUCAUUUUAAAGAGGUGGCUGUGCAGUUGAUGACUGGGUUCGAGACUCGAGUCUCCGUCAUUCUUAAAAGCUUUGCACUCAGGACAAGAUAACAUUACAUGCUGCAGACAGGUACACCAGAGGACAUUUUAUCUGUGGUUUUAAAAGCAUUAAUUAAUUUGAUCUUGGGAGACCGAAAGAAAAAAGACAUUGUUAUACAAAAUAUGGACUUGAAUUGAAAUACCAUGUGCAUUUAGGUUUUAAAUGUUCUGUAGAAACAUUUGUAUUUAUGACGUUAAUUCCCUUUUAAAGAUUAGCGUUUGCUAAAGUUAAUAUUUUACACACAUGCUGAAAUGUUUUGAUAUAUCCCCAUGGGAUCUUUUUUUGUUUUUUAAGUAUAUAUUUAUUUUUUACUUCACUGUAGUGUAUAGUUCUGUAUAUGUCUUCCACAUGAUAUUCAAUAAAAGUAACCUGGAUGCUUUCUGUAA